AUGAAUGCCCAACCAAUUCAAGGAUUGAUGAAUGGAAUCGUCAACCCAUCUUCAGCUCAACAUCUCAGCUUUCAACGUUUGCGAAAGAGACAAAGACAUAGAAAAGAUGAAGAAGAUCCAUCAAAUAACGAUGCAAGUAGCGGAAGUACAGCAGAUGAUACAUCUUCACCCGAUGCAGGUCAAUCUACAUCUUCACACAGACAUCAUCGACAAAAUAGAACACGAACUGGAGACCCGAAUGGAACACAACAAUCACUUACACCUUUAGCAAGCGAUGAUGGCCUUUCAAACUCGCAAAACGGAAUGAACGGUCAAAGAGGAGGAUUCAAUCAGGACGGUCAAAGAGAUGGAUUCAACCACGACGGCCAAAGAGGAGGUUUCAAUCAAACACAACAAAAAGCUAUUCAAGAAAAAAAUGCGGCUAGAGCUCAUGCAGCUACGGAUAAAACAGUUGGAAUCGCAGUUGGUGUAGUAGUUGGAGUAAUCUUUCUACUUUUUAUCGGAAUGACGAUUUUGAUGUUCUUCAGACGAAAGAGAGAAGCUGCUGAACGACAAAAGCAAUUGGACGCCUCAAUCGCAGCUGGCGGUUUCCGUGACUCCAUGACUUCUCAAGAUGAAAUGAAAACUGUCAGAUUGAACGGUACAAGCCAGCGAUCGAGAGAUGUGAUGCGUGAAGCCAGAAAGACUCAAUACAUUUACGAUAAAGAUGGAAACCUGGAAGGAGAAGCAAGUGUCGGAUCAGUCGGACAGGCCGGAUGGAAUUAUGCACAUUAUCUUGGUGCUGGCUCAUUAGUAAGUGACAAUCAACCAUCCAAAUCACAACGACAACUCCUACCACAACAACCACCUCCUGCUUAUCCACGAUCACCACCAUCUGAUGAAGAUCUUAGCUAUCAACAAUACUAUCAACAACAAGACCAACAUCAACAAUACGGUCAACAAGAUUAUUACGAUCAGAAUCAGAAUCAUUAUGCACAGCAGCUAUAUAGGUCUUAG